AUGUCGCCUAAUCUGGAAGUUCGUUUCGCGAACUGGAUUAUUGUAGUGGUAACAAUACUCACAGUUCUUGGAGGUGCCAAGGCCAAGGAUGAAGCCUCUGUGCCUCGGCUUAUAACCCUUCAAGCUGCCAGCCCCGCUCCAGCGCCUCCGCCCCAGGAAGUGAUUAUAGAGACGGACUACGAUCAUCAUCACCAUCCUCCUCCAGCUUAUCCUCCAGCAUAUCAGCCAAGUUAUCCAUAUCCGCAGCCUCAGCCUCAGCAACACUGUCAUUGUCCACCGGGUCCCCCAGGACCUCCUGGUCCACCAGGACAGCCGGGUCAAAAAGGUUAUCCCGGACCAAAAGGAUCUAAGGGUGACCCCGGAGAGAAGGGACCACGAGGAGAUAAGGGCUACCCGGGAAUGCCAGGUUUGCCUGGCCCCCAAGGUCCACCUGGAUAUCCUGGAGGUUCAUACCCGCCUGCACCCCAGCCGUACCCAUACCCUCCACCACCCUAUCCUACACCGGGAAAUGGAGGAGCUCCUGGUGGACAUUACAGGUUCUACGAUCAGUUCCGUGAUGAAGAGGACCAUUAUUACGGUGAUGAACGGGCAUUUAGUCUUAUAGAAGACGAUCAACCCUUCAUCUUGGCCUUCAGCCAGAAUAGAAACCCAUUUACCUCAAAAGCAAAUAAAAGACUCCUUACCCAAAUCCCUAUGUCCACGCCCAUACUCCUGACCGUGACACAAUUUCCAUUGUCAGCCAUCCGCAGUAACAGCAGUAAGAGCAACAGCAUCCGUGGAUACAUAGCUGCCUGCCUGGCGACCUGCUCUAUUUCUCGGGUACUCCAUCCAGCUGGUGCUCCAAAGCACUCGUCCUGA